GGUCAACUUCGCGUUCCGUCACAGCCGGCCGGCGGUGCCCGGGGUGGAGCGUCCAAAACUUGGCAACUUUGAACCAGAUUCAUAGAUGAUGACACCUCACAUGAUCUUCUUCUGCAAUGCCCUCUCUCCCCUCCCCAAAUCGCAUUCUCUCAAUCACUCGGACCCGAAAGAAGAAAUCCAACCGUCCCUGUGUCGUCCAACGCCUCAUCGAUCUCUGCUCGCAAGGGAAGCUCAAAGAAGCAGUCGGGUCCUUAGAGCUCCUAUCCCGCCUUGGCCUCCGCUUAGACCAUAGGACGAUUGCUUUUCUCCUCCAACAGUGUGCGAACUCUAGAUCUCUCAGAGAAGGAAAAUGGAUUCACCUCCAUUUAAAGUUGACCGGCCUCAAGAACCCGAAAACGUUCUUGUCAAAUCAUUUAAUUAAUAUGUACUUUAAAUGCGGCAACGACCUCGAAGCCCGCCGGGUUUUCGACAAAAUGCGGGUAAGAAAUUUGUACUCUUGGAACAAUAUGCUCGCCGGCUAUGCGAAGCUCGGAAUGCUCAAGCCAGCAAGGAGAUUAUUUGACAGAAUGCCUGAAAGGGAUGUUGUGUCUUGGAACACCAUGAUAAUUUCAUUGGCUCAACAUGGAUUUUGCGGUGAAGCUUUGAGGUUUUAUGCUCAGUUACGUUGUUCUUCACUUGGGUUCAACCACUUCAGCUUAGCUGGUGUUUUGACUGCAUGUGUGAAGUUGGAGAAUUUGUCUCUUACUAGGCAGGUACACGGCCAGGUUUUAGUUGUUGGAUUCCUUUCAAAUGUGGUUCUCUCGAGCUGUAUUGUUGAUGCUUAUGCCAGAUGUGGGGUGAUUGGUGAUGCUAGAAAAUUAUUCAAUGACAUGCCUACAAGGGAUGUGCUUGCUUGGACAACWUUGGUUUCAGGGUAUGCCAAAUUGGGGGAUCUUGAAUCAGCUACAAAAUUGUUUGAUGAGAUGCCAGAGAAAAAUCCUGUGUCAUGGACAGCUUUGAUUUCUGGCCAUGCUCGGAGUGGUAUGGGCCAUGUGGCACUUGAGCUUUUCAGGAAAAUGAUGACUAUGUGCAUUAGACCGGAUCAGUUCACUUUCAGUAGUUGUCUUUGUGCUUGCGCAAGUAUUGCUUCGCUCAGGCAUGGGAAACAAAUCCAUGCCUUUAUGGUAAGGACUGGUUUCAGGCCUAAUACGAUAGUUGUCAGUUCACUCAUUGAUAUGUAUUCAAAAUGUGGAAGUUUGGAGCUUAGUUUACGGGUUUUUGAUCUCAUGGGUAAUAAGCAAGACACUGUGCUAUGGAACACGAUGAUCUCGGCCUUGGCACAGCAUGGUUGUGGAGAAGAGGCUAUACAAGUGUUGCACAACAUGGUGCAAGCAGGGACAAAUCCAGAUGAGAUCACCUUGGUUGUCAUUCUCAAUGCAUGUAGUCAUUCAGGUCUCGUGCAAGAAGGAAUUGGCUAUUUUAACUGCAUGACCCACAAUGGUGGUAUUGUUCCAAACCAAGAGCACUAUGCAUGCUUGAUUGAUCUUUUGGGCCGUGCUGGACGUUUUGAUGAGGUGUUGGAUCUGCUUGAGAACAUGCCUUGCAAACCUGAUGGCAGGGUUUGGAAUGCACUACUUGGUGUUUGUAGGAUUCAUGGAAAUAUAGAUUUGGGAAGGCAAGCAGCAGAGAGACUUAUAGAGUUGGAGCCUCAAUCAUCUGCAGGAUAUGUGUUGCUUUCAAACAUAUAUGCUGCACUUGGGAGGUGGGAGUCAGUAGAGAAGGUGAGACACCUCAUGAAUGAGAGACAGGUGAGAAAAGAACGAGCUAUCAGUUGGAUAGAAAUUGAGAAUAGGAUGCACACAUUCAGUGUAUCAGAUCGAUCACACCCCUUGAAAGAUGAAAUAUACUCAAUUUUGGAACAAUUAGCUGGUCAGAUGGAAGAAGAUACUUCUAUUGCAUGAGAUUACAAGAUUCUGAAUCUGUUAUUAUUUCUUAACUCAGCAAGGAGGGUACUGAAGAAGUAGCACAGAAGCUGUACCAUUUUGCUUGUUCCUGGCAGGGUCUGGACCACUCAUUGAUGUUUCAGAGAAUUGUGCUUUGUUCAUAUUCUUCCUGGCCUGGCAGUUGGAAUAUCUUGUGCAGAAUUCUUGAUGCUGGGAGAAGGAAUGCAACUAUCAAUUUGCAUUCUAAGAUGAAGCAUGAUGAGUUCACUGCAGUUGUUGGUCUUGCUGUCUUUAUCUAGCUUUGGUAUUGCUAUUCCCAUGUAUAUUUUAUAAGCCCUUCUUCUCACUCCUAUCAUUCACUGGGCUGAAUAAAGAUCUUAAAGUUCCAACUUCCCAUUGCUGUUCUAUCAACAUCUGCAGAAGCCAAAGCCAAGGUUAAAAUGAAGCAGAUGAGAAAGCUGAUGCUGAAAAGCCAUCCAGAGAAGAAUAUUCUUUAGUUGGUUUGAACCUGGGAAAAGGAAAAUCAACCAGUAGCAAGGACAGGGUUCUGACUAUGCUGAUACCAAUUUUUACUAGCUAUAUACUAGCAUCAUUUAGAAGGUAAUUGUUCCCCUAGUUGUCAAUGUGUUGUAGAAUAGCAAAUGAGCAUGUUUUGGAUCUUUGAUUUCUUUCCCAUAUUGCACAAAUAUUUUAGAACAUAAAGAGAUUGCUGAAGCAGUUUUAAGGUACAAAACAGCGUCCAAAUCUGUGAAUUAGUGCUGACCGAACUGUCUCCCAUCUGCAGUUGCUAAUGGUCUACUAACCUAUAUUCAUCAAAUUUGUAAGCUGAUGCUCCUUUACUUGCUUUUAGUUGAUAGCCCAUCAGAAAACAGGUCAGAGCCUAAGCCAUCUUUUGAAGUUUUGACUAUCCCCAACCUGAAUGGUUCUUGUUCAAGAAAAGUUCGUUUGAGUUUCUGAAGGAAGGCAGAUAUGUACCCAUUAGCUGGCACCUUCCAGGUUUGUUCUCCUGAGGGACUUGUGAGUUGUGGCUAACCAAAGUAGAAGUGAUCUCUUUCCACUGUCAUCAUUUCAUUUACAGCCUCACUCGCAAAAGGAUCAAGCAUUAGGUCAACAGGGAUCAGCGGAAGACUGUUGAUGUAGAACCUCAACGAUCUUGGCCCUUUUGAGUUUUGAGUAUGCCACAUCAUUGCAAUCUUGACCAAAUAGAGUGUUUCUUCAUGUAGUAGAUCGGGGAGGUCAGCUAUGUGAGCAGACAAGCCUUUUCCCGCAACUGUGACACAAGAGGUGGAUGGCUGCUUGAACCACAUGUUUGUUUACGAGGGAAAUAAAAAUUUAUAAGCCUAACGGUAUUUUUCCAGCUUAAUCACAUUUCGAAGUGAGGUUGGGGGCCUUGGGGCCCUUGCCCCUUGGGGGUAAGGGUGUCAAUGGACCGGAUUCGGGUUGGACCCCGUUCAAAUCGCAUUUAAAUUGGACGGGUUGGACGGUCUAUGCUUUGGCAUCGGGUUGGACUGGUCCGUAUUAUUUUGGUCCUAAGUAAUUGGUGGAUUGAAAUGGACGAAGUCGAUUAGUCCGCAAACCACCUGAGGAUCGAUUUUACUUCAGAUUCCAACUCUCCAAGUCUCCAACCUAGGGUUUCUCCAAGGGAACUCUCUCCAACGGCUCUUUUUUUUUCCGACGGUUCUCUCACCGACCAGUCGGUGACUAUCUCCGUCAGUUUGCUUGAGCUGCAUGUACAGAGAAUAUAUUGUCUUCACUUUGGACUCCAACUCUCCAAGUCUCCAACCUAAGGUUUUUCCAAGGGAACUCUCUCCAACAGCUUUUUUUCCGAUGGUUCUCUCACUGGCGAGUCAGUGACUAUCUCUGUUAGUUUGCUUGAGUUGCAUGUGCAGAAAAUGUAUUGUCUUCACUAGCGGCUAUCUCUGACAAUUUUUCUCUCCAGCAGUAUCUCUCUAACAUUUUUAUCUCCACCAGUUUUCUCUCUCCAACGGCCAUCUCUCUUCUGUGAUCUGCAAUCAAUUGUUGAAAUAGGCAUUGCAGAACUCAGAGUGAUGAUGAUGGCAACUUUUUUGGGUAGUUGUUUCCUCCAAGUAAGCUGUGUUUGGAGACUUGGAGUGAUGAUGAUGAUUUGUUGUAACAGAAAUCUUAGGUAAUAAAUUGGAUAUAAAGGGUUGGAUGAUCUUGACAGAAAAGAUUCAUGGACUAUGGUUUCUCAGAGAAUCAGCAAAUUUCAGGAGAAAAGCAUUUGGGGUGUGUCCAUACACCUACACAAAGUGCUCAGAUUAUUUGGGGUGUUCAUCAUGGGAAGUGUACCUGGCUAGUGGCUCCUCAAGAAGCAGGAAAUGGAAAGCAGAAUCUGUUUGGAUUCAAUUGAUUCAAUUGAUAAGUAAUAACUUGCAUAAGAACAGUAUGCAGUAUCUCGUGUAUUCUUCGGUUAAGAACUUGUUAAGAUGGUUGGAAUUUGGUUCAUCUAUUGUUUGUUUUUUUUUUGUGUGUUAGUAUUGAAUAAUUAAAUUCUAAAAGAUUAUAUUGACAAACUCUUAAUAUGGAAUGAAGUGUUGCAUUUCAA